AUGAUGAGCGUUGGGGAGGUAAUUCACCCUUUUCUGUACUAUGGUUUCGGAGGACGAGGAAAAAGCUGGCACUGUCGGAAUACUUUUCUGCAGCGAAUGCAACAAUAUGCUUUAUCCGAAGGAGGACAAGCGGCACAAACGUCUGAUGUACGCAUGUCGCAAUUGCGACUACACACAAGCAGCGGACAACCCGUGCGUGUACGUCAACAGACUCGAGCAAGAAAUCGAGUAAGCGUCUGUGCGAAAAUCAGUUUACAGUUUUUAUAGCCCUUUUUAUUGAUCUUAAGGCUUAGCCGUGCACAUGCAUGCUUUUCCUAUGUUACCGCGAAUAACAAACCGCCCACAGAAUACUGUGGUAGAGCUAUCAUAUCCAUGCUUUUAGCGGCUUUUAGCGCAAACAUGUUAUUUACAGGAUUUCAGUGGCAUCUUUAUAGUAACAAUGAACAAUUAUGCCCACGCGGACUUGGUUACCAGGGGGUAGCCAGUAAAUCAAGGGGCAAGGAAACCACUUGUAAAAUUUUUCAGUCGUUUAGCGUCAUGAAACUGUUCGAGUGCUGGUUGAGCAACGAGUCAACGUCGAAUAUUAGGCGUGGUCCGUUGCGUUCGCAAUUUCUUUCCUCUCGCGUUAGUACCUCUUUUACGCCGCUUCAACCACCGCCAAACCUUAACACAACUAAUUGAUCUCACUUAUUAACCGUCACAGAACACUAACAGUCGUGAUUUUGUGGGUAGUUUGGAAUCGCUGAGGUCAGGCUGCUUUAGCUUCCUCAUCAUGUGACCACAACUGCACUCACGUGAGACUUGAGAUUCCUCUGUUGAAGCUUGGAACGCGGUAAGUUGCGGCGCGUUUCAUUAGUCGCAUACGUAGAUGGACUUUUUAGCCUUGCCAUCCUUUUCGAUCGCGUCCUGAACUUGUUCUUUCAUAAGAACCCGAUAGGCGCAGGUCCACUGGAUCACGUUAGGAUUGGAGAGAGCGAGUGAGGCCGAUGUUACGCCCAAUGGUACAGUGCGCGGAAGCAAACGCGCUGCUUUCCCAAGUCAGUAGUGGUCACAGUCGUGUUCUUCGGACGACUUGCUGACUCAAACAACCAUUAGUACCAAAACGUGCAUAGACUGGGUGAGGAUCUAGAGGUGAGCACGAUGAACGGGUUGAAAGUCCCCUUAGAUGGAAAAGGAAUGAACCCAUUCUAAACCGCUCUCGGUAUGCGCCGACCAGAACUCUUGGAAGCGGUGCGAUUCGUGAAUCGUUGUGCGUCCCGCAAAUUUGGGGCUUGCAGGUCAUUUGGCCCUAGAAUUAUGUGCACUUCGUUUAGUAGAUGGUGGUUUGAUUACAGGCUUAAUUUUCGCCUGAGCCACGUCGAUUAUUUUCAGGCUUUAAAUGGCAACUAUAAGACCGGCUAACUCGGGUGGCCCGAGACAGCGGGACCUAUGAUCAGAAUGCCUAACGUUGAUUGUGACAUGUUUGAGAAAUAAACAGCCAGUACUUCUUUGGGACUAGGCCACCGUCGAAGUUUCUUCCCCUUGCCGCAUUUUUUCACUCUUCGUUCUUGCUCAUAGUACUUCCUACACUUCUUGGGUUUAGUGAACUGGCUCUCAUUGUACCGGACGUAGUUCACGAUCCCACUCUUCCCCGCACGGAGGACCACAUCUGUCGUCGCUGUGGAAAACAGGAGGCGGUAUUCUUCCAAUCGCAGACCGUCAAAGCCGAAGAGAACAUGCGACUGUACUAUGUCUGCACCAAUCUCGACUGCCUGUACAAAUGGACCGAGUAA